AUGCCGUCUUAUUCAGCUAUCGAGCUAGAGAAUUUGGUCCAACCGCGUGUUCGAGAUUCCUACAAGAAGCCGUUGAAUGUUUCGCCGCCGCGCCAAGCCAGGGAUGCUGCUCCCGCCGUGCAGCCUCCGUCUUCCGGCAGACACGUCUACAUAUCUCCGUCGCUUUAUGCUACUCCGGAGCCUGCGCCUAUUCCGGACACGGUGACCGACCCUAUGUCGCCUUCUCCGUAUGUUGUUAACCAUAAGCGCCGGGGCUGGGGAAGCGGAGUGUUUGGGAACCGGAAGGCUGAUAGUGAUGGACUCGAGGAGAAGGAGAAAGAUAAGCCGGAGGGAGCUGGUUUGGUUGAGGGGGAGAAGGAGGCGGCGGUGGCUGUUGCGUCGAGGGAUGUGGUGGAAGACAAUUUUUCCGGUGGUGCUGCGGAGGAAUUGUCUGUGCAUAAAGGGGAGGCAGCAGCGGAUAAGGAGGAGGAGUUUCUGGAUUCGCGGUUUGAUUCAAUGAGUAUAGGAAGUGAAAAUGGCUCCAGUAGGCGGUUUGAUAGCCGGAGUUUUGUGUCGACCCCUGGGGAGUUCUUUGAUGCAAUUGAAGAUUUUAACUCUGACUUUGGCAUUUCUACUACAUCUGUGAAUGGUCAAAAUUUGGAGUCUGAAUUGCGAUCUUUAAGGCUUAGUCUCCUUGAGGAGAUUGAAAGGCGCAAAGAAGCAGAGGACGCGCUUAAUGCAAUGAGUCGUAAGUGGCAAGAGAUUAGUGAUCUGCUGUCUGAAGUUGGAAUUAAGUUGCCUAAAAUUUUAAUUUCAAGUGGGGGUAUUCAGUCAGAAGAAGCUUCAAUGGAAGAUUUCUCUCAAGCACUCAUUGUCCACAGAUAUGUUACCCACGCAGUGGGAAAAGCCGAAGCACGAGCUGAAGUUGAACUAGCUGCGGAAGCAAUUCUUAAAUCUAAAGACCAGGAAAUAUCUCGGCUGCGUGACAGACUGAAAUACUAUGAAGCUGUAAAUCACGAGAUGACUCAGAGAAAUCAAGAGAUUAAAGAGGUUUCACGAAAGCAGAGGCGGAUAAGACAGAAGAGGUGGUUUUGGAGUACCGUAGGAGCUUUAGCUGCUAUUGGGAUUUCAGCUCUUGCUUACGCUUACACAAGCAGCAGCCAUCACAGCUCGCCAAGUACUAGCCAUUCCGAUACAAGCUCCUGUCAAGCUGAGUAA